AUCGUAUAUACAGACUAUAAAAAAAACAUCAACUAGAGCAACAAUAAUAACAACAAGUGCAGCUGGUUUGUUGUUUCGUUUGCUCUUAUCAAUCGGAGAGCUGCAAAGUUGCGUGUCAAAGAAAGUUGAGUGUUUUGAUAUUCAAGAUUGCAGGACAAUUCACUCCGAAUAGUUUAUAUUCGAGAUUGGAGUGGUGAUCAUGUCGCUGGCCUUGGUAUUGACCAGGACAAUGAAAGCCAGUCGUAGUGCUUUAGUUCUUCUACUUCUGUGUGGCCUUAUAUUAUCAGGGCUGCCAUAUCUGGAUGCUCUUGAAGAAGGUGACGCUUGUACGGUUAAGAGUGAUCUGGCGGGCAUUUGUAGAGCCUCGUCGAAAUGCGAACCCAUCGUUGAUAAAUAUUUCAAGUCUGGCAGACUGACCAUUCUUGAUAUUCCCAGCUGCGGCCUGGGAACGCAUGAGGAGAUUGUUUGCUGUCCGCAUGAGCUAGGCACAAGUCAGGUCGCCAGCACCACAACCAGCACCACAACCAGCACAUCGACAACAACAAGGAGAACAACAACCACAACAAGGAGAGCGACAACAACAACAACAAGGAGACCUACAACACCAACCACAUCGAAAUUGAAUCAAGAGUCGCCUUACUUUGAUUUCUCGCAGCUUCUCAACGGGAAGCCAACCAAACGUCCAUCCCAAGACCAUGUGCCAUCUAAUAGCAAUGCCAAUGGGCCAGAAAUGAAUCCAUCCCAACAGCUUCCACAGCCAUCGCCACCUCUGGAGCCCACUUGGCGGAGCACGGAUGGGUUUCAGAGCGUUGGUCCCAUGGGACCAGCGCCCAGUGUGGGUCGACAGUCGAGAAUAAUUAACCGACCGCAGUCCUUAAGGUGGCCGGAAAGACCAGGACGUCGAUCACAAUCAAUGGUAAUGCCAGGACGGGAUUCGGGCGAUCUUAUACAGCUGGUCAAUGAUCGACUGCGUCAGCAAGGCAUGGACAUUGUCCCAGGCCAUGAGGUGAUCACGUUUGAAAUGGAAAGUACGAGCACAGCACGUCCACCUCCAGUAGCAACCAUUCCCAACGUCGACUUGGAUCCCUGGGCACCAUUUCGCUUUCGGCCGAGUCCCGCGGAUGAGCUCAACUCAAAUGAUUUGAGCAAUGGCGUUGCUGAAGCAUUUGGAUCAGAGACAACAACGACGCGAACUAUUCAACCCACGCCAACGACUCGAGUGGAUAUAUCACCAACUACAGAGAGACCGGCUGUUCGAGCUUGUCGAGAGUUUACGGAACGCCAGGAAGCGAACGCCUUGUCCCCCCACAUUCUGAAUGGCCUUCCCGUCGAAGAUGGCACUUAUCCACAUAUGGCGGCAAUUGCAUACAGUGUAUUUGGCAGGAUUGAUUAUCGCUGCGGUGGAUCGUUGAUUUCAACUCGUCAUGUCCUGACUGCUGCUCAUUGUGUCAACAGUGAGAGCGAUACGCCUGUGCAUGUUCGCUUGGGAACUGUGAAUAUAGAGGAAGUAAAUGACAGCUAUCAGGAUAUUGCCGUAACAAGUAAUAUAAGGAUACAUCCAGAAUAUGUGAGCAGUAGCAAGUACAAUGAUGUUGCCAUACUUGAGCUGGUCGAGGAGGUCAAACUUAGUUUUACUGUAUUCCCGGCGUGCCUGGAAACGAAUCCUGUGGAUCCGCCAGCAGCUGCCAAACUUUUUGUAGCCGGUUGGGGCGUUAUGAAUACGACCAAUCGUCACACCUCGAAGAAGUUGUUGCGUGCCCCGUUGAAUAUUGUGCCGUUGGAUCAGUGCCAGCUGUCCUAUAUGGGUCAACCGACUAGCAGCCGAUUCCUCGAAAAGGGCAUCGUUGAUUCGCUGCUCUGUGCGGCGGACUUAUUACGACAAGCGGCGGACGCCUGCCAGGGCGACUCUGGUGGUCCAUUGGUGUAUGAGCGCGACAUUGUCAACUCCAAGUACACGCUAUUGGGCAUCAUAUCAUCGGGCUUUGGUUGUGCCACCAAAACUCCGGGACUGUACGCACGUGUCGCAUCUUAUUUGGAUUUCAUAGAGAGCGUGGUCUGGCCAAAUAAUGUAGUGUAACUAAGUAUCUAAAUGGAUCUUCAAUGUAUAGCACUAAAUUGUAAGAAAAUCAAUUUUAAAUACAAAGUUCAUAUAUCUUAGGUAAAAUAU